AGUUAGAUGACUUCUGGAGUUUGGAUGGUGUCAGGACACCCAGGAAAGAAAUUAUCUUGCUAUUUUGCAAAGAGCAGGAGUUUAAAUUACAGGGAUAUUGAGAGCUGAAAGAAAAGAAAGUGAUCACUAAUGCUUGGGGAAAAAAUACGCUAGUCUGGACUAGUCAAACCCAAAUUAUUUACCCUCCAGCAUCCCAUGCACCUGAGGGGCCAUCAAAACUGCACUUUCGGAUUGGGGUCGAGCCCUGCUUCUCGGGCAGGAAAUGUUCCUCCAGGAAGUCACCCUGCCUCUGCCGGACCUGCAGGGAGCAGCUGCUAGGACCGCUGGUCGUUUCCAAGGCUGUUACACAGCCCAGUGAAGGGUAGCAGCUCCACUAGUUGGGUGAGAAAUUACUUCACCUUCACCUCUCAGCCCCUGGAAAGCAGGAAGGUGUUGUUUGUCCUCUACCCUUGGCUGCCACCCUCCCAACUCGCUCACCUCUGCAUAGUCUCCUGGGAGCCAUGCUGCCACAGCGGAGAUGACACUGGUUCUCUGCAUCCCUGAGCCAAACUCUUCAGGGGCAGAACCAGUGCAGCUGCCCUGACCAUGGUCUCCCAAGGUUCUUAAUGGCUUCAAAGAAAUGGAGGUUCUUUGCAAGGGUACUUGACAUGAAGUUCCAACAAACCAGCAGUUGCAGUUGCUGCAAUUCUGUCUUCAGCUUCACGAUGUUUCCAUUGGCCAAAUACACACUAGGUCUUUUCCCAGUUCAAAGCAUUCGGCAAGUAACGGCGAGGCAGACCCACCAGAAACAAACACCUGCUUUCCAUGACAAAUAUGGCAACACUCUAUUAGCUAUGAGGGUGACUUUCUGUGUUGUUACAUGGGCAUAUAUAGCAACACAAGUUGGAGUAGAACGGAACCUGUCCCCUACUGGCAGAGUCACCCUAAAGGAGUGGGGAGAUCAGUAAUCAUCCCAGCUGGUGUACUAAUGAAUUGUGUCAAAACCAACUCCUAAUUGAUGCCAAGUGAAAGCACUGUAUACCCAUUAAAAUAUGGCAUGAUUGAAGAAAGCAAGUACAUUUGAAACCUAAAAAAAAGGGGAACCACUUCAAUGGCAAGUGAUUAUUUCUGCUCUUUGACAAAACCCAUGCCCACGCCUCCUUCCAACAACGCAACUUUAAUUGGCCAGUGUUCGUUAUUUUUGAAGCCUACUUUGUUUCGUACAGUUUUUCAUAUUCCUCAUAAACUAAUACAAAGAGAUUUUAAUGAUUUCAUACUAAUGGAGAAACCAGGAUUGCCGAAACAACCACAAAAACAGCGAUGGCACGAAUCAUAGUGAAACAAGACUGUGAAGACGGAGAGGUCUGUCCCAAUUUUCUGGGUCACUGAAAACCAAAACACCUAGGCUUACCUCUGGGGUUAGUGGUGACCCAAAUCAUGGAACCAGAGAGUCAUUUCAGGAAAGCAGUUUCAUCUCUAGGACUCCAGACACCCCUUCCUUCAUGCGCUCCAACCACAUUCUGAUCAGAGCAGGCAAGUCUAAAUCAAAUAGUCUAGAUCAGCAAUGGAGUAGGUAUGAAUUUGCCAUACCAUAAAUGGGCACAAGAAACAUCACUUUGCUUUAUUUUUCUAAAUCAAACAAAAUUUAACUCUAAGCCCUAAUUCCCCGAGUGGUGAGGCAAGGAAUCUUUUUCAGCUUCUUUAGCUGAUCCUGUUUUAACACAUGUGGAGCUGCCCAGGAGCUACAAAGUCCUGAAAACUCGAGGAAGACCUUAGAGCUUCGGUCCAUCAUGGUCACACCAGAGCUGUUCAUACAGGGGUCACUGCCCAAGCAAGCUGUUGCCAUUCGUUCAAAGGCAGGACGCUCCUUUUCUGAGAUUCAGGGAGUCCUGAGGCAGGAGAGUUAGUGUUCAAUUCUCCCAGCAGCUACGUGCCCUCCAAGAGACCCCUUGCCAUGGGUCUCGACCCCAUAGGGAAGUGGGAUGCAGGCCCUGACACCCUUCGAACCAGGAAGUCCAAAGAUCUGUCAUGCUAGAUCUAGCCAAAUUCACUUCCUCAAUACCACGGCCUCAGUGAACCUCCUCCCCAAUUCUUCCUCCCCCCGCAAUGGACCUGGUCUCCUGGACAAAAGCUUGCAUGAGACUAGUGUUCCAGGACCUUGGCAACUUGUGUUUUAUUCCGAGAACUAUAAUGCUAUUCUUAUAAGAGCUUA